AUGAUUCUUCUAGCCAACAACACCACCCGAAUCUGUGCAAAUGACGGGUUCACAGAAGACAUCCCUAUCCUCUCUGGCGUCAAACAAGGCUGCCCACUUAGCCCGCUGGUUUUCAACAUAGUAGUUGAGACAGCUAUCAGGAGCGUACGAAACCUCGACAAUGGCUACUCCCUCUUAGGGGAAAAGGUCAGCGUUAUUGCCUACGCGGACGACCUAGCCUUAAUCAGUCACACCAAAGAGGGCCUUCAACAACAGCUCGACGCCAUCUCUGAAUGGGCCAACUGGGCUGGCAUGCGUUUUAAACCUAGUAAAUGCGCCACUCUCUCUGUGAUUGGUACACAACGCACCGCCAAAAAUACCAUCUUUAACCUCCAGGAUUCACAGCUCCCAAGUCUGAACCCGGACGACACUUAUCGCCAUCUCGGGGUGCCAACAGGCUUUGCCACACACCCGACGGACCUCCGCAUAUAUGACAAAAUCACCAAUGACAUCUCUCAAUUAGACAGGUCCAAACUGGCCCCUUGGCAGAAAAUAGACGCCCUAAACACCAUCCUUCUGCCAAGGCUCUCGUACCACCUACUAGUGGGCUCCAACCCAAAGAAGCCCCUACAUAAACUGGACCGCCACAUAAACAAACACGUCAAAAAGUGGAUGAACCUACCUCAGAGGGCCAGUACUGAGAUAGUGAACAUCCCCCACGACUACGGAGGCGCUAACGUGCUGCCCUGCUACACGCUAGCCGCCAUAUCACAAGUUACCCAGGCCAUGCACCUUCUAACAUCAAAGGACCCAACCAUCUGCACCCUGGCCAUCAGCUUCCUUCGUGACGUCGUCAAGAAGCGAAUAUAUCGUGACCCGUCACUGGAGGAUGUCUGUAAAUAUCUAAACGGAUCCAUGGACGACGAGUUUGGCUCUAAGUCGUAUGACAUCUCUUCCAUGUGGACUCGCCUCCGCAUUGCCACUCGCCGUCUCCGCAAGUCGAUCAACUGCGGUUGGAUCCCUGUGGGUAACACUAUCACCAUCACCUGCGACGACAAUCCAAUCAACAGGUCCAGCUGCACUAGAAUUCUAUCUUCCAAAAUCAAAGCAGCUCUACUCACUCGCCUACUGAGGAAGCCCGACCAAGGCAAGGCCUUCAGAAUCAUCUCUACAAACCCUACCAGCAGUCACUUCCUCAGAAACGGCAACUAUACAACAUUCGCUGAUUGGAGGAUCGUUCACCGUGCAAGGUUAAGUGUCGUCCCCCUCCACGGCCACCGCUGGUUUGGCAACACAUCUACUAAGUGUAGGAGGUGCAACUUCCCAAAAGAAACUCUCGCACAUGUACUCAACCACUGUGCGAGAAACCUACACUUAGCGACUAGGCGUCACAACAACGUCCUCAGCAGACUACAUCAAGCCAUCCGGCCCGACAACCUCAGAAUUCUAGUGAAUCAACAAGUUCCCGGUUUUGACGAUAGGUGCCGCCUGGACUUGGUGAUUAUCAAUGAUUCGGCCAAAACCGCGACAAUUGUAGACGUCUCCAUCCCGUUCGAGAAUGGACAGGAGGCGUUCAACAUAGCCAGACAGACCAAGAUAGACAAAUACCGACCACUGACCAACUACUUCAGGAGUCAAGGUUUAGACACCGUGUGUGAUGCCUUCAUCCUCGGCUCACUUGGGGGAUAUGAUCAUCAUAAUACUUCAAUCCUCCAGCGGCUAGGUAUCUCCCGUAAGUAUAGCAGCACCAUGGCCAGACUCAUGGUGAGCGAUACCAUUCGCUGGAGUAGGGAGAUAUACCACCACCAUCUACAGAGUCAACAAUACAGCAACUAA